GUUAUUUAUUAAUAUUGAUAGUCUAAAUAAAUGUCUCUUGUAUAAAUUUAAGUAAUUAAAAAAUCCAGUGACGUUGACGAUUAGUAGUCAAUAAAAAAGUGUAUUUACGUGAGGUAAACCGAGUGUGCACGUAAAAGAGAAGAGCUCGCCGGCUCACUCAGUCUACUGGAAGAUUCCAUUGUGAGAGGGUUUCAAAAAUUAUUCCUAUGUGCAAGUAGUGAAUUUUAUUAUUUCAGGGAUCGGAAACCGUCACGAAAUUAUAUAUCAAGAGUUGGUCUCAAUUCGGUGUAUUUGAUCUACAAAAUGUUGAUGUCAAGGAUUUGUAGCAGUAAAUUAGUGACAGUGGAAUUAAUUGGAAUAAUCUUCUGAAAGUAAAGCUGCUUGGUCUUCCCGAAACUGAAACUCCUAUCCGAAAUCCGAUGAAAUUCCGGUAAUCGAUCGAGAAGUAAGAAAAACAGCACAUGAAUUGAACAAAGAAGAAAUCAAGGAGAUGUUUGAAAUUUUAAAAUUUCUUCCAAGUACAAGAUGAGAGAUUACGAGAUGUCAAUUUGGCCCGAGUUCACCGCCUCUUCAAAAAGUGGCUUGACAUGUUGGCAAGCUCAGAUUAUCGGGAGAAUAGUAAAGAGGCAAGAAAACAAAAGUGCAAUUCAACUAAGUGCAAAAGUCAAGGCAACAGAAAUGAUACAAGCUUGAGUUCAUCGAAAUGUUCAGACUAUCGGAGUUAUUAUAAUUACUAUCGCAAAAGCCGCAAACGCUAUUUGAAAAGCCAUAGAACAGAAAAUUUGAUCGUAGAAAGUCCAACUUCACAUAAAUCAUAUCCUUCCUUUCUCAAAGAUAAUCUCAAUGAGUUUUUGGAUAGUCUGAUCUUUGACUCUACUAUUGAUAAUAAUUUGCAGUUUUCGUUUUUUGAGAAAACUAAACCCACUCUGGAUUCAAACUAUAUGAACAUUAAGUCAAAAGUUAACGUGACUAAUAAAAGUGACAAGAUGAUAUUCGCGUACUCAUCUAUCGAAGCAUUGGACGAUGCUGAAGAAACUAACAGUCGUCCUGUUAAAAUUAAAGGCGCUAAACAAAAACAGUUGGGAACAGACGAUCAGGAUUCAGAUACUAAAAAAUAUGGUAAAAGCCCAAAAUUUGACGACAAACUAGACAACGCAAGCUUUUUCAAUGCAGGUCGCAGUCGUCAACUAACACAGAAUCCUCCAAAGGUCACAAUGUUCGGAAGUACAGAUUCUCAAAACUGGAAAAAUCAAGAUAUUUAUACAGAAGAUAAUUCAAAUAGUGAAAACAAUUAUGAUGGAAUAGUAUUCAAUACUUUAGAAGGCUUUGUUCCUAAAUCUAGUACUUCAGAUAAUUCAUAUUUUUUCGACCAACCGGGACCUAGUGAUAAAAAACCUCACAAAAAUCAAUCUAUCUUUUCUAAUAACUGUAUUAAUGAUCAAAAUAUCUGUAUGAGCAAUAACAAUAUACCUAUGACACAAGAAUUUAUUUCAGAAAAUAUUAGUGAAAAGUUUAAUUUUGAAAAUGGUUAUCCUAUUGGUGAGAAAGAAUAUUUACAAGGUGAAGAUAUGUCUAUGAAAAAUGAUAAAAUGCUUGAAAAAGUUGAAUUCACACCUGGAGACGUAGGAAGAAUGUUAAACAUGGGAAAUGCUUUAGACUUUCCUCGGACUCAAUCAACAGAUGAUUUAAAACUUGUCAAGAUGCAUCUUCCAAUUAUUCUCCGACUUACUGUUAACUGUCCAUUUAAAAAUGUGCGAGUUAAAUGUAUUGAAAUCCUUCAAAUAAUGAAGGAGCAAGAAUUAUCAAUUCCAAUACCGAUAUAUAAUGGACCUAGUGCAUUUAUUCCCAGUUCAGAGAUUCCAGACAUAAGCGACCUCGAUGACAAGACUCACGGGUACUUUGUGGAAACCUUUUUACAAACUACACGGGUAGACCACAUCUCGCGAGUGAUGUCAUCGCAUCCUUCGUACCUAGAUAACUUCCUUAAAACUCAACAAUUUAUCUUACGAGGUGAUGGUCCACUCCCCUUUGUCUAUCGUCAUUUAAUCGCUAUAAUGGCUGCUGGUAGACAUCAAUGCAGUUAUUUAAUAAAUUUACAAAAAGCAGAAUUUCUUCUUCAAGGCGGUGACCCUACUUGGUUACAAGGAUUAAGAUUUAUUCCACAAAAACUGCAAAAUCUUUAUGAAAUUAAUAAAAUUCUUGCGCAUAGGCCCUGGCUGUUAACUAAAGCUCACAUAGAGAAAAUGACUAAAGGCGAAGAUAGUUGGUCUCUUUCUGAACUCGUUCAUGCAAUAGUUUUACUGGCUCACUUUCAUUCGUUAUCGUCUUUCGUAUUUUCUUGCGGGAUCAACGAGGAACUUGACUUAGUUGGUAAAUAUCAAGGCAAGGAAAACAUUCAAGCCAAUAGUAAUAAUGUAUCACCUGCCAAAGAAAAUGUGGUAAAAAGUCCAAAAAAGAUUUCUAGUAGUGGAAGCACGACUGAUAAAGUGCAUUCACCACCGCCGUCACCGACUAUAGUCGGGGAACAAGAAGUUGGAGUUGUAACGUUAAUGGAACGAAUGAAAUAUUUGUCAGAAAACUCAAUAUCCACACUUCCACAAGAGGAACUGUCCAAAAGAUUUAAAUCUGUCGAAACGCAAUCUGCUGAGUUAGAACCAGCUCAAGAAAGAUCAAAUCCACCUAUCAAUUCUGACAUUGAACCUUUUGUUAGAGAACCUGAGUAUAUAUACCAAGACUUUGCCAAGCGAGGUCAAGUUAACGACAUACCGACGUUUCGUACCCAAGAUUAUUCAUGGGAUGUUCACGGUUUUUCUCUAGUGAGUCGUCUCUAUAAUGAAGUUGGGGGGCUCUUAGAUGAAAAAUUCAAAACAGCUUCUACUCUUACUUAUUACACAAUGGGCACUCACGAUAAAGUCGAUACUUCACACUUUAGACGAGCUAUUUGGAAUUACAUUCAAUGUAUGUUUGGUAUACGUCACGACGACUACGAUUAUAAUGCUGUAAAUCAGCUUCUGGAACGUAGUCUGAAGACUUUCAUUAAAAACGCAGUUUGUUAUCCUGAACGUGUUACUAAGAGAGAUUAUGACAGAGUUAUGAAAGAAUUUAAACAUAGUGAGAAGGUUCAUGUGAAUUUGAUGAUUCUCGAAGCUCGUAUGCAAGCAGAACUAUUAUACGCACUGCGUGCAAUUAUGCAGCAUAUGACCUAAUUGACAUGUCAAGUUUUGUAUUUACCUGAAAGCUGGUCAGUUGGAUUACUUUAAUGUAUUAUCGCCAUAAGCUUCGAUACUUUAUAAAACCCGAGCUCUGACGAUCAUAUUUUAUGAUAAAAAAAACAAUCACUAUGAUUAAUUUAAUAGAAGCUAUUGUACUAUUUAGGCGAGAUUGUAAAAACUUUUAUUUGUUUUCGAUAUUUUUCGACGAAACAAAUACGACUUUUUAACAAUGAUUAUUAUUGAAACACUACGGGCAAUAACAUGUUUCAAUAACUUAACUUUAUACACUUGGAUUUAUUAUAAAAAUUUUUAUAUCAGUCAUUACCAGGUAUUUAUUUUAAUUCAACAAUUUAUAGAUUUUUUCAAAUUUUUGAAAUAAUAAAUUCCUCUAAACAAGUGCUGUUUUUAAAAAUUAUUUUUUAAUUUUUUACAAUUAGUAAUAUCUUAAUUUGCCUUAAAUUAUUCAAGAAUAGUCAUUGUGAAAAUUCUUUAUUUUAUUAAAGGCAGAAUUGACUGAAUAAAAAAAGAUACAGAAGCAGUUUUGUAAUCAACUAUAAAUUGACGAGAUGAAAAAAAAUAACUGUUUCACCCUUUUCAAAGAACAAUGGGGCUUCAAAAAGUAUGUAAAUAACAAAAAAUAUGUAUUAUUAUAUUUUUAGCGUGUUCCUAUUAGAGUUUUAUUGAAUUGUUCUUGUCGUGAUUUAUUAUAAUAAUUAAAAAAAAUUUUUGAUUAAUUAAUUUGUUCAUUGUAAAUACGCGGUUUUUUUUUCUUAUAAUGAAUUUAAUAUGUAUAUAAACUAUUUUACGAUGAAUAUUUUUUAUGUCACAAUAAAAAUUUUAUCAAUUCUAAAAAACAAAAAUUAUAUAAUAAAUAAUAAAUCUUAUAAGUAUCUAUCGCAUUUUAAAAAAAUGCACAAUUAUAAAUCUUAGUUUCGUUUUUAAAAAUUUUGUUUUCAUAAUCAAACGUUGAACAGUGACAUUGAUAAUUUAAGAAUUAAUAAAUAAAUUAAUAAAUUAUUUAUAAAUUUAAUAAUUCGUAGUAACACAAAAUUUGAUAGAUUAUGAAAAAAUUUAACAAUCUGUUAAUUUUAAAAAUCUACUUACUAAAUCUGAAAACAUUAAAUAAUUUAAGUAUACUGUGAUUAAUAAAACCACCGAAAAACCCAUAAAAUUAUAACUUAAAAGCAGACAUAAAUUACAUAGCAGUUCAACGAAUAUCUAUGCCUUUGAUAGAAAAAUUAAAACUAAUUGAAUACAGACUAAGAAAGUAAAAAAAAUUCGAAAGAACCUGAGAUGACUGACGAUUGAAUCAUAACAUAAAUUACAAAUUCACUUGAUAUAUUUGUAA